CGCCUAGGGCUAGCGGGUCUCCCCCGGUGCGGGUGCGCCUGACAAUAACGCAUAAAUAACUUUUUCUUGCAGCGGCCCCCUGCAGCCCCGGCCUGCAGCCUCCCCGCGCGCCCGCGCCGCACCACGCCCCUCCGACUGCCCGCUCCCUCCGAGGUGAGAGCGCUUCGGGCAGAUGCGGUGAUCUCCGGCCGGCCUGGGAGGAGCGCGUGGACCGGCGGGCGGCGGCGAGCAGCUGGCGAACGCCUUUACAAUGGCCCUGACCCUGUUUGAUACAGAUGAAUAUAGACCUCCUGUUUGGAAAUCUUACUUGUAUCAGUUGCAACAGGAAGCCCCUCAUCCUCGAAGAAUUACCUGUACUAACGAGGUAGAAAACAGACCAAAGUAUUAUGGAAGAGAGUUUCACGGCAUGAUCUCCCGAGAAGAAGCAGACCAGCUCUUGAGUGUGGCUGAGGGGAGUUACCUGAUUCGUGAGAGCCAGCGUCAGCCAGGAACCUACACUUUGGCUUUGAGAUUUGGAAGUCAAACCAGAAACUUCAGGCUGUACUACGAUGGAAAGCACUUCGUUGGGGAGAAGCGCUUUGAGUCCAUCCACGAUCUGGUGACUGAUGGAUUGAUUACUCUCUAUAUUGAAACCAAGGCAGCAGAAUACAUUGCCAAGAUGACGAUAAACCCAAUUUAUGAGCACAUAGGAUACACAACCUUAAACAGAGAGCCAGCAUACCAAAAACAUAUGCCAGUCCUGAAAGAGACACAUGAUGAGAGAGAUUCUACAGGCCAGGAUGGGGUGUCAGAGAAAAGGUUGACAUCACUUGUUAGAAGAGCAACUCUGAAAGAAAACGAGCAAAUUCCAAAAUAUGAAAAGGUUCACAAUUUCAAGGUCCAUACGUUCAGAGGGCCACACUGGUGUGAAUACUGUGCCAACUUCAUGUGGGGUCUCAUUGCUCAGGGAGUAAAAUGUGCAGAUUGUGGUUUGAAUGUUCAUAAGCAGUGUUCCAAGAUGGUCCCAAAUGACUGUAAGCCAGACUUGAAACAUGUCAAGAAGGUGUACAGUUGUGACCUUACAACACUCGUGAAAGCCCAUAUCACCAAGCGACCAAUGGUGGUGGACAUGUGCAUCAGGGAAAUUGAAUCUAGAGGUCUUAAUUCUGAAGGACUGUAUCGAGUAUCAGGAUUUAGUGACUUAAUCGAAGAUGUCAAGAUGGCUUUUGACAGAGAUGGGGAGAAGGCAGAUAUUUCUGUGAACAUGUAUGAAGACAUCAACAUCAUCACUGGCGCGCUGAAACUUUACUUCAGGGAUCUCCCAAUCCCACUCAUCACGUACGACGCCUACCCGAAGUUUAUCGAGUCCGCCAAAAUUAUGGAUCCGGACGAGCAGUUAGAAGCGCUGCACGAGGCCCUGAGGCUGCUGCCCCCCGCCCACUGCGAGACCCUGCGGUACCUCAUGGCGCAUCUCAAGAGAGUGACCCUCCACGAGAAGGAGAACCUUAUGAACGCCGAGAACCUUGGCAUUGUGUUUGGCCCGACCCUGAUGAGAUCUCCAGAGCUGGACGCCAUGGCCGCCCUGAAUGAUAUCAGAUACCAGAGACUGGUGGUGGAGCUGCUUAUCAAAAAUGAAGACAUUUUAUUUUAAAUGUUAGUUCGCAGGGGAAAAAAUGUUUUACAGAUGAAGGAAUGUUUUAUAGUAAUUUAAUUGGCUCUUAUAGCUGCAUCAUUUCUUGGUUAGAAGUUCGGGCAGAUAGCCAGGUUAAAAUGAAGGAACUUUCCAUUGUUUCCAUAGCACCGCUCCGCCGUCCUUGUAAAACAGUGAACACGCACUCCAGUUCUAGUGCCCCUGGGUGUUUAUCAUGUUAAGAGAAACUCAAGCUAUUGCAUGAUUAGCCCCCUCUCUGGCAAGGGAACCCCACACAAAGGAGACAACAAGCCUGCACCGCCUCUCCGUCCCAGGUAGUCUGUGGUUGUAAUUCAGCAUGUUUCGCAGAGUCGAUCUGUCGUGACUUCGCUUUUGAGUUCUAUGUCAUUGGUUUCUGACGCUUCUAUAAACGCUCACAUGAAUGGAUGAACCAGCCCCCCUCAGCUGCUGCGUUGCCAUAGACUAGAACAUACGCCAACUUUUCUCAGACGCUUCAUUUCUGGUUUCUCUUAGUUCUUCGCUAACAUAGUCUUUUCUUUCCAGCAAAAGCAAACUGUGUUUUCAGAUUUGUUACUUUAGUAAAUUAUCCACCAAUAAAAAACUACAAUGCGGAACA